AUGCUCCCUGAGCUGCAAGAGAAAAGAGGUAAGCCACUAGAAGAUCGAUGGAAUCAUUGGUUGAAUGGAUUCGAACCAGGCUCGGUAGUGUUUUGUGCGUUUGGCACCCAAUUCUUUUUAGAGAAGGAGCAAUUCCAAGAACUCUGUUUAGGAAUGGAGCUUACAGGUUUACCGUUUUUGGUAGCGGUUAAGCCGCCAAAAGGCUCAUCAACGACUCAAGAAGCCUUACCAGAAGGGUUCGAAGAGCGGGUCAAAGGGCAUUGUGAUAUUCCGCAAUUGGCUGAUCAAGUUCUGACCACAAGAUUGUUGGCUGAGGAACUCGAGGUCUCUGUGAAGGUGCAAAGAGAAGAUUCUGGAUGGUUUUCUAAGGAGAGUUUGAGAGAUGCGGUUAUAUCUGUGAUGGAUAAAGACGGUGAGAUUGGGAAAUUAGUGAGGAGGAAUCAUAGGACAUUGAAAGAGACUUUGGUUAGUCCUGGAUUGUUGAGUGGCUAUGCUGAUAAGUUUGUUGAAGUACUGGAGAAUGAAGUCCACAAUACAAAAUUGUGUUGA